UUGCAUUUCCAGAAAAGAACAAAAGCCCUCGAACCCCUCAAAUCGUGGCAGUCAGAAAACAGAAAGAAUCUUAGGACAGCUGCGUAUUCUGCAAAAAGCCCUCUUCUCCUGUCCUGUCCUCAAUUGAAGCUUGAAGAGGCAGCAGCUAAUAAGUCUCCAGAGUCAUUAACCACUAGAGAUUUGUCACUCAGUGGAUUUUCAUCAUCAAGAACUGGCACUGCUGAUUGGGAAUCCAGGCUUGAAGAAGAUGCUCAAGUGGAUGAAGCUGAGUCCACUCUGAAGGAGGCACUCUCUUUGAAUUAUGAGGAAGCAAGAGCAUUGCUCGGGAGGCUCGAGUACCAAAGAGGUAAUUUUGAUGCUGCCAUUCAAGUCUUUCAAGGGAUUGAAAUUAGACUCUUUUCACAAAAAAUGUCUAAGGCCAUUGCCGAGAGGACUCGACCCAGAAAAUCACGGUCAAGAGGCAAAAGUUCAACGGCUGAGGGUUUAAUGUCUCUGCAUUCUGUGAGCUUGCUUCUUGAAGCUAUCAUACUUAAAGCUAAAUCUUUAGCCGAGCUCGGUCGAUUUCAAGAGGCUGCUAAAGAAUGCAAGAUUAUCUUGGACACAGUAGAAUCGGCUAAGCCUAACGGUAUACGUGAUGAAAUAACUGACGACAGCAAGUUGCUCGAGAUUUUUCACCUAGCACUCGAGUUACUUCCCGAGCUUUACUUACAAGCUGGCUCCUUAGAUGAAGCCAUUGCUGCAUAUAGAAGGGCUUUGCUAAAGCCCUGGAACUUAAAUCCCGAACGACUGGCCAAAUUGCAAAAGGACUUAGCCGUAGCAUUACUCUAUGGAGGUGUUGAAACAAGCAACAUGGAGGAAUCGAUUCUUCUUCUCUUCAUACUCAUGCAGAAAAUUCUUCAAGGCGAAAUUAAGUGGGACCUUGAAAUUAUCGAUCACUUAACUUUCGCGCUUGCAGUUAACGGACAAUACGAGUCUUUGGCUGAACAAAUGGAGCAAAUUCUUCCAGGCAUUUAUUCCAGAGUCGAGAGAUGGUAUUUUCUUGCUCUUUGCUAUAGUGCAGCUGGACAGAACCAAACGGCGCUCAACCUUUUGAAAAAAAUCUUUGAUAUUAGUAGAAAUAACGGCAAGCCCCAUUUACCAUCUUUGUUGUUAGGAGCAAAAUUGUGCGUUCACGAUCCAAACGAGUCCUUAUUAGGAAUAAAUUUCGCACGUGGAGUGAUUCAUGCAUGCGAAGGCAAAAACGAGCAUAUUCUGAGCCGGGCUCAUAUGUUUAUCGGGAUUUGCUAUGGAAAUGCAGCUAAGGAGUCGAUUUCUGAUCACAAAAGAGCCGUUCUGCAUAAAGAAGCGAUUAACUCAUUGAACUACAGUCAUCAAAAAGCCGGGAAAAGUGAGGAUUUAGAAAUUAAGUUGUGGCUCGGGCUAGAAAAUGCCGUGCAGAGGAAUUUGGGGAAGGCCUUUGAACUUGUGAUGGAGUUUUCAAAAACGAGUGGUGGGAGUUUUGCGAGAGUUUGGAAGAUUUUGGCACUUAUAGCAUCGGGCGAACAGAGAUUAAGAGAUGCAGAGGCUUUAAUUGACGUUGGCUUGGACGAGACAGAGAGUAUUGAGCAGCUCGAGCUUCUGAGAUUAAAAGCCUUGGUUCAGAUUGCCAAAGAAGAGCCGAAGCAAGCAAUCGAAACUUACCGGAUUUUGCUUGCAUUAAUUCAAGGUACAAACGAACUUCCCGAGAAAAAUGCAUUUGAGGUACAAGCAGUUGAAGCAUGGUUGGAUUUGGCGGAACUAUACUCGAAGCACGAGUUAUGGCUAGAUUCGGAUAUCUGCAUUGAAAAAGCUAAGGAAGCUAAAUUUUACUCUCCACGCGUAUGGGAAGUAACAGGAAGACUAUUUAGAGCUCAAGAACAGAAUAAAGAAGCUAUGAUUGCAUUUUCAGUCUCGUUAUCGAUAGAUCCGGAUUAUGUUCCAAGUAUAGUGUCGACAGCCGAGUUAAUAAUUAAGACGGGCAAUAAUAGUCAAUCUCUUCACAUUGCAAAAGGCUUGUUGAUGAACGCGGUUCGUUUGGAGCCCACGAACCACGACGCGUGGUUCAAUCUUGGGCUGGUUUAUAAGAUGGAAGGGUUCGUGCAAAGAGCAGCAGACUCGUUUCAAGCUGCACAUGAGUUGAAACUCUCAGCCCCACUUCAAAGCUUUCAGUGAUGGUACUAAAAACCUUUUU